GGAAAAUUGUUGAAAUCGCCAUAGUUUGGUUCUAAAGCGGAGGAAUUAUUGACGUUUCUGAAGCGACCAAAAACAUCCGAGGAUACGUUCUACACGAUGACGAAACUUUCUUUUUACAUUUUCUUCGUUUUACUCAACAUUUUGGUAGCAGGCGCUGAUGACUAUGUUAGCACAAUUUUCGUACGUUUAUUCAAAAGGAAUGGCUCUUAUCUUGAUGCAAAUAUAUUAAAUAGAACUGAAUUGGUAAAACUAGGAAAGCAUUUACGAAGAAAUGGGAAUACGGUAUUGUUCAUACAUGGCUUUACAGAAAGUAUAAAUAGCAACGAUGUGGUUCUUGUAACGAAUGCGUAUUUACAGGCCACGAAUGAUAAUGUCCUUGCAGUCGAUUAUCAACAAAUUGCUGGACUCCCGUACGUAGUUGGUGUGUCAAUGGUCGAUGCAGUGGCAAAAGCUGUUGGCGGAGCUUUGAAUAUUUUAACGAGUUCUGGUAUAAAUUCGAAAAAGUUACAUGUAAUUGGACAUUCACUGGGUGCUCAGAUAGCAGGAGCUCUUCCAGAAAAUAUAAACUUUAGACUUACCAGGAUAACAGGCUUGGAUCCCGCCGGUCCCUUAUUCUAUGUUUUAAAUCAUCGAUUGACUUCUGAGGAUGCUGACUUUGUAGAUAUCAUCCACACUGACGCGGGCUUCUACGGAAUAACUUUGCGUAGUGGUCACGUGGAUUUCUAUCCGAACGGUGGUCACAGACCACAACCAGGUUGCAGAUUAAUCAACAUACCUCUAUCGGCACAAGAUUUCUGCAGUCACCAGAGGUCCUACAUAUUCUAUUCAGAAUCAGUUAGAAAUCAUAAGGCUUUCAUUGGUAAGUGCCAAGAGGACUGUAACACCGAUCUCGUGCCAAUGGGUUUCAUUACGCCAAGUAAUACGACGGGCGUAUAUUCUCUAACAACAAAUGCGGAGAGUCCUUUCGGUCAAGGUAUCAAAGGAGUGUAGUUAUAAGGUUUCCAUAUAUAAGGCGACUUAAUUGAAAUAAAAGUCAUACGUUUUAUACGUGCGUCAUGAAACCAAUUAGCAGCUAAUUAAUAUGGAAAAUAUAUUUGUAGAUAUAUAAAUAUAUAAUAUAUAUGAUAUCAACUUGAAAA